AAACUAUUUGAUGACGUCAUCAAAGCACGUCCUCGGCAAGAGCGACGGAAGUGCCUACUACAGCAGUGCGUGUUUGUGUCUAUCGUUUGAAGCGGGAACCGCUCUUAACAGACUGAAAUGAGUUUAUUCGGGACGAACACGGGCUUUGGGUCCGGGGGAACAGGUGUAUUUGGCAACACCACCACAGACAGUCAUAAUCCAAUGAAGGAUGUUGAAGUUACAUCUCCACCCGAUGACAGCAUAAGCUGCUUGGCAUUCAGUCCUCCUACAAUGCCUGGAAACUUUCUCAUUGGAGGCUCAUGGGCCAAUGACGUGCGUUGCUGGGAGGUUCAAGAUAAUGGUCAGACUGUCCCUAAAGCCCAGCAGAUGCACACAGGUCCAGUGCUGGAUGUGUGCUGGAGUGAUGAUGGCAGUAAAGUCUUUACAGCCUCCUGUGACAAAACUGCCAAGAUGUGGGAUCUGAACAGCAAUCAGACCAUUCAGAUAGCACAACAUGAAGGCCCAAUCAGGACAAUUCACUGGAUUAAAGCUCCAAACUACAGCUGUGUUAUGACUGGGAGCUGGGACAAGACACUGAAGUUUUGGGAUACACGUUCCCCAAAUCCCAUGAUGUCUCUGCAGAUGCCAGAGAGGUGUUACUGUGCAGAUGUGGUAUAUCCUAUGGCCGUUGUAGCCACUGCAGAACGUGGUCUCAUUGUUUACCAGUUGGAAAAUCAGCCUUCAGAGUUUCGACGAAUAGAGUCACCUCUGAAGCAUCAGCACCGCUGUGUGGCUAUCUUUAAGGACAAGCAGAGUAAACCUACUGGUUUUGCACUGGGCAGUAUUGAGGGACGAGUUGCCAUUCAUUACAUAAAUCCACCUAACCCAGCCAAGGACAAUUUCACCUUUAAGUGCCACAGGUCCAAUGGAACCAAUACUGCCACACCCCAAGAUAUUUAUGCUGUGAAUGCUAUCUCCUUUCACCCUGUCCAUGGCACUCUGGCGACAGUAGGAUCUGAUGGGCGCUUCAGUUUCUGGGAUAAAGAUGCCCGCACUAAGCUGAAGACCUCUGAACAAUUAGAUCAACCAAUAACAGCUUGUUGCUUCAAUAACAAUGGGAACAUAUUUGCCUAUGCUUCCAGCUAUGACUGGUCUAAGGGACAUGAAUAUUACAAUCCCCAGAAAAAGAAUUACAUCUUCUUGAGGAAUGCGGCUGAGGAACUGAAGCCUCGGAACAAGAAAUGAUUUGUCAAGCUUCGCAUCACAUCUCGGAAGACCUGCGUUUGUGUGUAGAUAUGGGAGAGAGACCUCAAUUUGGCUAAAACCUGGACCAGUGGCAUGGCAAUUGCAUAAUUUUUACCUUUUUUCUUUCUUCAUAAAGUUCAUUGUUACUUGCAACUUUUAUUUCUAUAUAUUGUCUUGCAAAGGAAAUGCAUUUACACCUUUACAUUUUUCUUCUUGGUGUAUACUCAGAUUGUGUAACCAAUAAUAAAUCUGUCUCAAGCAUUCUCUGCAUUUUGACAUUGCUGUUGUCUCAUUGGCUUGUAAGUAUUUAUAGGUGUAGGAGUGUAUUUGUAUAAUAUAUAUACACGCAUUGUUCCUUAAAACUACUAUCAUCGAUGAAGCAUUGAAUAAAGUCAAAAAGUGAAAUUGA